AUGGAAACAAAAAUAUUGGGAUUACAAUUUAAAAAAAUAUUAAACGUCAAAAUAGAAAGGCACAAGAUGAAGCGUAAUCUUACCCUUUCGAAUGUUGAAAAGGAAAUUGAAAUUCCGGGACAAUAUGAUGGAUUAAAUACAUUUCGGACCCACGAAUUUGGAUAUGCCAAUAACGGCUCAUCGAAUGGAUUGAUAAUACGGGACUAUGCUUUCACUUUAUUCAAAAGGAAAUUAAUGAUCCAAAAAAUCUUUGCUGAUGCACAAUCGAGUCAUUCCUAG